AUGUAUGGUUGCUGUUGUCUGGGGGUAUUCUCCGAGACCUACGCCGCCCUCUGCGACUACAACGGGCUGUGCUGCCGGGAGGAGGUGCAGUGGGAUGUCGACACCAUCUACCACUCGGCUGACAAUCGGGAAUUCAACCUGUUGGACUUCAGCCACCUGGAAAGCCGGGACCUGGCCUUGAUUGUCGCUGCCCUCGCCUACAACCCUUGGUUCACGCGGCUGCACUGCAAGGACCUGAGGCUGAGCUCUGAGGUCGCCGAGCAGGUUCUGCACACGCUCAGCAAGUCCCAUCACCUGGAGGAGCUGGUGCUGGACAACGCGGGGUUAAAAACGGACUUCGUGCUCAAACUGACCUACGCUCUGGGAGACAACCCCGGCUCGGCCCUGCACAGCCUGGUGCUGUCACACAACCAGAUUGAGGACAAAGGUCUCAUCUCCCUGAGCCAGCAGUUCCUCUACUUCCCCAAGGGGCUGCGGCAGCUCGGGCUCUGCAGGACCGGGGUCACCCCGAAAGGCCUGGCUGGGCUCUGUCAGACCCUGGGGGCCAACCCGGCCUUCAGCAGCUCCCUGCAGCACCUGGACCUCAGCAAGAACCCUGGGCUGCUGGGCGGAGAGGAGGCCAACGGUUUCUAUUCCUUCCUGGCCCAGCCCAACGCCCUCGUCCGCCUCGAGCUGUCCGGCACUGACUGCGCUGUCGACGUGUUAUUCGGGGCGCUGCUGCAUGGAUGUUGCACUCGGCUUAGCUACCUCAAUGUCUCCCGGAACACCUUCUCGCACAGGAAAGCCAAGGACUCCCACCUGUCCUUCAAGCAGUUCUUCUCUAGCGCCUACGCGCUGAACCAUGUGAGCCUGUCGGGCACGAAAAUGCCCCUGGAUGCCUUGAGGUCUCUGUUUCAGGGUCUCUCAGCCAACACCCACCUGAGUGACGUUCACUUGGACUUGAGCGGCUGCGAGCUGCGCUCGCUGGGGGCUCAGGUCCUGCAGGAGCAGCUCCUGGGGGUCACUGCCGUGGGGAGCCUAGACAUCUCUGACAACGGUUUUGACUCCGAUUUGCUGACACUGGUACCUGCUCUGGGCAAGAACAAAUCCCUCAAACACCUCUGGCUGGGCAAGAACUUCAGUGUCAAGUCCCGGACGCUGGAGGACAUACUUCACAAGAUUGUACAGCUGAUUCAGGAGGAAGAUUGUUCUCUGCAGUCUCUCUCUGUGUCCGACUCACGGCUGAAGUCCCGGACCAGCAUCCUCAUCAAUGCCCUUGGCAGUAAUACCUGCUUGAGCAAGGUGGACCUGAGUGGGAACAGCAUGGAGGACCUGGGGGCCAAGAUGCUGUCCAAGGCCUUGCAGAUCAACAGCACCCUCCGGAGCAUCACCUGGGACCGGAACAACACAACGGCACUUGGUUUCCAUGAUGUUGCCCGAGCCCUGGAGAACAACUACACCCUGAAGUACAUGUCCUUCCCCAUGAGCGACAUCACAGCCGCUUACCGCAGUGCCCCAGAGAGGACGAACGAGGUGUGGCAGAAGAUCCAAUGGUGCCUCGUCCGAAAUGGCCAUUCCCAGAAGUUCUCCCAGGAGCAGGCGUUCCGACUCCAGCAGGGGAUCGGCACCAGCAGCGCCGAGCAAAUGAUCAGACGGCUGUGCCUGCGGGUCCAAGAGGAGGUGAGGGCUCUGCACAGCUGCCCUGCUGAUACCAUCCAGGAGGAGGUGCUGUACGCACGGGAGCUCAUGAAGGAGGCCAAGAACUCGCGGGCGCUGUUCCCCAGCCUCUACGAACUGGGACACAUCUUGGCAAGCGACGGGCCCGUCCGACAGAGGCUGGAGUCUGUGGCCAAUGAGGUCUCCAAGGCCGUCGACAAGGAACUGCAGGUGAUCCUGGAGUCCAUGGUGACACUGACCCAGGAGCUCUGCCCCAGGGCCAUGCAGGCGGCCGAGGGCCACAACAAGAUGCUGGGGGCCGUGUCGGAGCGGGUGACUGUCCCCCGCAACUUCAUCCGGGGGGCGCUGCUGGAGCAGGCCGGGCAGGACAUCCAGAACAAGCUGAACGAGGUGAAGUUGUCUGUGGUGACAUAUCUCACCAACUCCAUCGUGGAGGAGCUGCUGGAGGAGCUCUACAACACCCACAAGAUCCUGGCUCGGACACCGGCGUCCACCGAGCGCCAGCGGCAGGAGAAUGGGACGGUGCCGCAACUGGAUGAGGGGCUGGAGGAAUUUUUUAGCAGGCGAGUCCUCACGGAUAACACCAGGUGCUAUCCAUGGACCCCCAGAGGCUACGGGGUGAGACCAGGCCCCUCAGACGCGCUGCCCCCCAUGCAGAAGAAGAGGCGAAAGGGGCUUUUCCAUUUUCGGAGGCAUAGGAGCCUCAAGGGGGAGAGGGAGGUUGAAGACACCAUGUGGGGGGCCCCCCACAGCUCCCCCGGCACCCCCCAGGGGACAACAGAUGAGCCCAAGGCACCAAUGCGGAGUUCAGCCAGCCUGGAUGAGGGAGAGGAGCAGGAACCCUGUGGAAUGGGAAUUCCCCUCCCCGGGAUGGGGGGCAGCAGAGGAAGUGGGGUGAAGGGGCUGCCCCCCAGAGGGAAGCAGGGUCCCUCCGCUGAUCGUUCCCCCAACCCUGUGAGGGCGGAGUCAGAUUCUUCAGAGGCGGAGCUACUGCAGCCCUCCCGAGUCCAGGGCAUCGCCCUGCCCGGAAUGGGGCGGAGCCUGGAUGGGAAGAAAGAGGGGGCAGAGCUGCAGAGGGCGGGCAGCCUGCGGGAUCGAGAGAGGAGGAGGUCCUCAGAUGACUCAGAGAAAGGGGGCUGGAGACCCCAGCCCCCACCUCAGAGCUCCAAGCCAACAUUUGCCACCAUUCGAAGAGCUGAGGCCAGCUGGGAUAUCGCGGAGGAGAGCUCCCAGCUGGACCAGGAGGGGAUGAACAUCUCCAGUGGGGCCCCCAGAGUGGAGAUGGGGGAGAAGCCCCCAAGCCCCAGCUUCCCGGCAUCUGGAAAGCAGGCCAGGGAGCUGCCAUCCGGCCCCUGCCCCCACAAGCCAGUAGCCAUCCCCCGCAGCCGAAAGCCCCCAUCUCAGCCGGAGAGAAGCCAGAGCAGUGAGGAGGGGGUAGGUGGGGCCGGCCCCACAGAGACUCGGAUCUCCCCCCCCAUCGCCCGCCCCCUACCGGACCACUUGGAAACAGAAGGGGGCUCUGAGGGGGGGCGGAAGGCGGUCCCCCUGAAACCCCAGCGAACGCGCCGGGCGCAAUCCUGUGACAAGCUAGAGUCAGACCGGGGUCGAGAUCCUGGAUCCAGAGGUGCCACUACCGACCCCCUGCCAGACCCCCCUCCACCCCCACCCUCGGAGCGGCAUCAGCCCCCUCGGAAACCCCGUCUCCCCAUCUCCCGGCCUUUCCUGUCCGUGGGCCAGCCUGGCGGAACCCAGGCGUCCGGGACAGACUGA